GCGAGGUUGCUUGAGGCCUUUCACUUUUUAAUUGUCACACUUUUCGGAUUUCUUACAGAAACAACAUGGAGAAAUUUGACGCCGGAUGAUCCGAGUACGGGCGCCUCCCAGGUAGUGUGUAGCGGGUCGUGAUGGGUCUGGUGGCGGACGCGUGGCGCAGGGUGCCCCGCCGGUUCUCCGUGCUGGGGCUGAUGAUCCUGGCGCUCAUCGCGCACGGCGGGCUGCAACCCAACUUCCAGGUGGCCGUGGUCAAGGUAGUCAAGUCAGCUUUGCUGAAGGACCAACCAGCUGACCAGGGAGCGCCUGCGGAGUCCAGGGUGGAGCAGCCCGACUGUCAGUGUCAAACAAGUGGGCGGGGCUUACCCUACACCCUGACGUCACGGGGCGGAGUCACACUCACACUAACCGACAGCGAUAUCGACAGACUUCGGACGUUUCUGAGAAAAAACCUGAUCUUCGACAACCCGAGCCCAGAGGUCGAGCAAUCACACAGCGACAGGGGAACAGCACAAAGUUUAGGCAUGCCAAUUUCCAAACAAAAACACGUGGAAUUCUUGAAACAUUUCCUAGAAAAUGAGCUUCCACACGAUGAAUCAUUACGUAAUGUCCCUCUAAUAUCCACUAAAAAGUAUUUAUCAAACUCAGUAAAAGAUGUCAGCAACAUAAAGCUAAAAGAUACCGGAGCAACUGCACAAGACAAGCCAGAUUCUGAUGUCCGUCUCAUUGAGGUCUUUCUUGGGGAGGAGAUAGUGGGGAGCAGUAGUGAAGAAGAAGACCCUGAUGACAUCCCCCCUGACCUCCCCCUUCCAGAAAAGAAAGGGCUGACGCCAGAAAAACACAUGCGUUUCUUAGAAGCCUUCCUCAGAGAGGAACUUCUGAAUCAAAAUGUUGAAGCCAGCUUGGUGGUGGAACAAUCUCAACGCGAGUGGAACCCAGUAAAGAACGUAGACGAAUGGCGGCCUCAGCCCGUCAACAGACAGUGGUACAUGUCCUUUCUCAGGAAUUUCCUUUCUAUUGAAAUGGAACCUGAGCACAGUAGAGCAAAACGUGAGACAGUAGUAGAACGUGAGACAGAAGUCAAAGAUUCAAAAUAUGACAAGCUGUCAAGCCUUUCUUCAGAAAUUCAACAAGCCCUCUCGAAGGAAAAACACGACGCGCUACCCAAAGUUCCAGAUUUGCAGGAUGAAGCAGCGGAGAUAGACAUAGAUUACGAGAAGAUCAUGGCGGAGGCCAUGGCCAUGUUCAUCCCCGGACUGAACCAGACAGAGGAGGGAGACGACAAGCGCGGACUGGGACAGAUGAUGGCGGCCACCACCAUGUCCCCAGCGGGAAUGGCGUUCAGUACUCACAUCUUCUUCCUGGCCGGAGCCACGCUGACGUCAUUCACCGGCGGGAUGAUGUCAGCCGUCUUCUCACCAGUCAGGCUGCUGGGCGGGACGAUAUUCGCGGCGUCUAUUAUCCACAUGGUGACGCCGCUAGCCCUGAGCUGUAGGAUGGACUACAUCGAGUGUGCACUACGGCUUCUGCAGGGCGGCAUGGCGGGUCUAAUCGAGCCGGCGACGUACGGCGUGAUGUCCCACUGGGCGGCUAAGAACGAGAGGAGCACGGUGGUGUCACUGAUCACCGCCAGUCUGACGUCAGCACACACCAUCGGCAUGCUGGAGUCAGUGGCGCUGUACGAGGCCAUCGGCUGGUUCUACUCCUUCUACGUCAUCGGAGGUACCGGGGCUCUACUUGCUCUGCUGUUCUUCUUCGCCUCGCCGAGUACUCCCGAAGACGACCCGAAGAUGAGCGUGGACGAGCUGAUCCACGUGACCAAGGGGAAGGACAAGGGUAUCUCUCCCUAUACCGGUGAUGACAAAGACGACGACGGAGCGAAAGGUGACGACGAUCCGGGGAAGAAGGAAGGUGGCGCAGUGAAACCUGCGGAUGACGCAGUGAAACCUGCGGAUGACGGUGCAAAACCUGCGGAUGACGGAGCUGCUCCAACUAAACCUUUGAAACCCGUGUGUAGAGCGUUCACUCACACCACCUCGACUGUAAGCCAGGCGAACAGCUCGGACACGUCAACAAUAACAAGUUUUUCGUCACGAAACAAACCGUCCACACAGCCCGCAGCAGACGGCGGAGACAAGCCGACGGAUUCAGCCGAACAGCCGAAGAGUGCCGAUUCCACUCCGAAGAGCCCGACGGAGGCCGUGGCGAGGCCGAGAUCGUACUCGUCGUCCUCCGAGUCCUGGUCGUCAGAGAAGUUCAAACCGUGGUCAGAUCCGGACAUGCGGGAAAGGAUAGUACACGGUGCCGACAGUUCGGACUCGGAAUCCGAAUACCCGAUGCCCGGCGACGACGACAUCGUGGCGAGAUCGUUGGCCAUUCGGAAGAGGAAAACAACAAAGAUUGUCAGGGAGCUGUCUGCUCGAUUUGGAGUGGCUGAGACCUGGGGUCCUCUGCGGCUGCGCGGAGGGACAGAGGGGGGCAGUACUCCCUCCCUGUCGGACGUCUCUGGGGUCGCGGACAAGGCCAAGGACAUGCUGUCAAAGGCUGAAGACCUGAAGAAGAAGUUCCCACCGUGGAGAGACAUCAUCUUCAACAAGCCUGCCCUCGCCUACAUCCUGGCCUACCUGGUCUACACACUCACCUUCUGCCUCGUCAUCAACCACCUGGCGGACUUCUGCGCAGUCGUGCUCAACGACGAGAAGGAGGAAAGUCUGGGGGCCAUCAUAGACGACCUGACCAAGACUGGCCACAGGGGGUUAAACAAGAGAAUGUCCAUCCCGUAUGAGUACCGACCAACCCGCGGGAACCAUCAUGGCUUCAACAUCAAAACGGUAAAAAGUCCACUAGAUUAUUAA